GCUUGCUUUCUUUUCUCUCUUGCCAAAUAACAAAGCUAGUCUUCUCCAACUCAUAAAUCUAAAAACGACAUUGUCAGAUUUUCGAGACCUUAAAAAAAAGUUGAAAAAGGUUAUUCAGAUUUCUUAUUUCAUUCACCUCAGAUUUUCCUCCCCUCCCCCCUGUUUCUCCCUUCUCUUCCAAUGACACCAUACCCUGAAGCAGAGUCAGCUUAACCUUUAACUGGAGUCAAAAUCACUCUCCCUACUCUUUCAUUUUCGAUUUUCCAUUCAGGGUUUGCCUUGGUUUUGAGCUGCAAUGGCUGAAACCCCGGAGGGAAGGUCGGUGCCGGCGCCAGAGAAGAAGAAAGAACAGAGCUUGCCAUUUUGCCAGCUGUUUUCUUUUGCAGACAAGUACGAUUGGUUGUUGAUGAUCGCUGGUAGCCUCGGUGCUAUUGUCCAUGGUUCUUCAAUGCCUGUCUUCUUCUUGCUUUUUGGUGAAAUGGUUAAUGGGUUCGGGAAAAACCAAUCUGACUUGCCUAAAAUGACCCAUGAAGUAGCCAAGUAUGCACUUUACUUUGUUUAUCUUGGCCUCAUCGUAUGCUUAUCAUCCUAUGCAGAGAUUGCAUGUUGGAUGUAUACUGGGGAGAGGCAGGUGAGUACCCUAAGGAAGAAGUAUUUGGAGGCGGUUUUGAAGCAAGAUGUUGGAUUCUUCGACACUGAUGCAAGAACUGGGGAUAUUGUCUUCAGUGUCUCCACAGACACCCUUCUUGUCCAAGAUGCCAUUAGCGAGAAGGUUGGGAACUUCAUACACUAUUUAUCAACUUUUCUGGCUGGUCUGGUGGUCGGUUUUGUAUCAGCAUGGAAGCUAGCACUGCUCAGUGUUGCAGUGAUCCCUGGUAUUGCUUUUGCUGGUGGCUUGUAUGCAUAUACUUUGACUGGCCUCACAUCCAAGAGCCGGGAAUCCUAUGCAAAUGCUGGCAUAAUUGCUGAGCAGGCCAUUGCACAAGUUCGAACUGUUUACUCAUAUGUUGGUGAAAGCAAGGCCCUCAAUUCUUAUUCAGAUGCAAUUCAGAAUACACUGAAACUUGGAUACAAGGCUGGGAUGGCCAAAGGUUUGGGACUGGGGUGUACUUAUGGCAUUGCUUGCAUGUCAUGGGCCCUUGUUUUCUGGUAUGCUGGUGUUUUCAUCAGGAAUGGACAGACUGAUGGGGGGAAAGCAUUUACUGCAAUCUUCUCUGCCAUUGUUGGUGGCAUGAGCUUAGGCCAGUCAUUUUCAAAUCUUGGUGCAUUUAGCAAAGGCAAAGCUGCUGGUUACAAAUUGAUGGAGAUUAUCAAGCAAAAGCCCUCCAUAACUCAAGAUGCCUUGGAUGGAAAAAUCCUCUCUGAGGUUAAUGGAAAUAUAGAGUUCAAGGAUGUAACUUUCAGCUACCCAUCAAGACCAGAUGUCAUCAUCUUUCGUGAUUUCUCAAUAUUCUUUCCUGCUGGAAAGACUGUUGCAGUUGUUGGUGGUAGUGGGUCAGGGAAGAGCACUGUUGUCUCUCUUAUAGAGAGGUUCUAUGAUCCUAAUCAAGGGCAGGUGCUGCUUGAUAAUGUGGAUAUAAAGACAUUGCAACUAAAAUGGUUACGUGAUCAGAUUGGGCUGGUAAACCAAGAGCCAGCUCUCUUUGCAACUACCAUCCUUGAGAACAUACUUUAUGGCAAGCCUGAUGCAACAAUGGAUGAAGUGGAAGCUGCUGCUUCUGCUGCGAAUGCUCACAGUUUCAUUACCUUACUUCCUAAUGGUUACAACACCCAGGUGGGAGAGCGGGGAGUCCAACUAUCAGGAGGCCAAAAACAGAGGAUUGCAAUUGCUAGAGCUAUGUUGAAGAACCCUAAGAUCUUGCUCCUUGAUGAAGCAACUAGUGCCCUUGAUGCAAGCUCUGAGAGUAUUGUUCAGGAAGCUCUAGAUCGUCUCAUGGUUGGGAGAACCACUGUAGUCAUUGCACAUCGCCUGUCAACCAUUAGAAAUGUUGAUUCAAUUGCUGUUAUUCAGCAAGGGCAAGUUGUUGAAACAGGAACACAUGAGGAAUUGAUUGCCAAGGCAGGGGCAUAUGCUUCAUUAAUAAGAUUUCAAGAAAUGGUGGGGAACAGAGACUUCUCUAACCCAUCAACUCGUCGCUCACGUUCAUCACGUCUUAGUCAUUCCCUCUCAACAAAGUCCUUGAGCCUUCGGUCUGGCAGUCUGCGAAACUUGAGCUAUUCUUACAGCACUGGUGCUGAUGGAAGGAUAGAGAUGGUCUCAAAUGCGGAGACGGACCGGAAAAACCCUGCACCUGAUGGCUAUUUCUGCCGUCUUCUCAAGCUAAAUGCUCCUGAAUGGCCCUAUUCUAUAAUGGGUGCUGUAGGAUCUGUGCUUUCUGGCUUUAUUGGACCAACUUUCGCUAUUGUGAUGGGCAAUAUGAUUGAGGUCUUCUACUACACAAAUCCUACCUCCAUGGAAAGGAAGACAAAGGAGUAUGUUUUUAUCUACAUUGGAGCUGGUCUUUAUGCUGUUGUUGCAUAUUUGAUUCAGCAUUAUUUCUUCAGUAUUAUGGGAGAAAAUCUCACAACAAGAGUACGAAGGAUGAUGCUUGCAGCAAUUCUGAGGAAUGAAGUUGGAUGGUUUGAUGAGGAGGAACACAAUUCAGGCCUUCUUGCAGCUCGGUUGGCAACUGAUGCUUCUGAUGUCAAGUCCGCCAUUGCUGAGAGGAUCUCAGUGAUUCUGCAGAACAUGACUUCACUCCUCACCUCCUUCAUAGUAGCUUUCAUAGUUGAAUGGAGGGUCUCCCUUCUCAUCCUUGGUACCUUCCCCCUUCUAGUUCUUGCCAACUUUGCCCAGCAACUCUCUCUGAAAGGGUUUGCAGGGGAUACAGCCAAGGCACAUGCAAAGACUAGCAUGAUUGCUGGUGAGGGUGUAAGCAAUAUUCGAACUGUUGCAGCCUUCAAUGCACAGAAGAAGAUCCUAUCACUGUUUUGCCAUCAGCUCCGUGUCCCACAGCUCCAAAGUCUUCGCCGCAGCCAAACAGCUGGCCUUCUCUUUGGCCUAUCUCAGCUCGCACUUUAUGCAUCUGAAGCCCUCAUUCUCUGGUAUGGAGCACACCUAGUAAGCAAAGGUGUUUCCACAUUCUCCAAGGUGAUCAAGGUUUUUGUGGUACUGGUUGUCACAGCAAAUUCUGUGGCUGAAACUGUUAGUCUUGCUCCUGAGAUCAUCAGGGGUGGUGAAGCUGUUGGUUCUGUCUUUUCAAUUUUGGAUCGUUCAACCAGGAUCGAUCCAGAUGAUCCUGAGGCAGAGCCAGUUGAAUCAGUUCGUGGGGAUAUUGAACUUAGACAUAUUGAUUUCGCAUAUCCUUCACGACCUGAUGUCUCCGUGUUUAAGGACCUAAACCUUAGAAUCCGUGCUGGCCAAAGCCAGGCACUUGUUGGGGCUAGUGGCUCUGGAAAAAGUUCAGUCAUUGCACUCAUUGAACGAUUCUAUGAUCCAACAGCUGGAAAGGUUAUGAUUGAUGGAAAAGAUAUCCGGAGAUUGAACUUGAAGUCCCUUAGGCUUAAAAUUGGAUUGGUGCAGCAAGAGCCAGCCCUCUUUGCAGCAAGCAUCUUUGACAACAUUGCCUAUGGAAAAGAAAGGGCAACUGAAGCUGAAGUAAUUGAGGCAGCCCGUGCAGCUAACGUGCAUGGCUUUGUUAGUGGAUUGCCUGAUGGCUACAAAACACCAGUUGGUGAGAGAGGUGUUCAGCUUUCGGGUGGCCAGAAACAAAGAAUUGCGAUUGCUAGGGCUGUGCUUAAGGACCCAACAAUCCUACUCCUUGAUGAGGCCACAAGUGCACUUGAUGCAGAAUCAGAGUGUGUUCUACAGGAAGCACUAGAGAGGCUCAUGCGGGGUCGCACCACCGUCCUUGUGGCUCAUCGUUUGUCAACAAUAAGAAAUGUGGAUUGCGUUGGAGUUGUUCAAGAUGGGCGCAUCAUAGAACAAGGCAGCCACUCUGAGCUGAUUAGCCGAGCCGAUGGGGCCUACUCAAGGCUCUUGCAACUACAGCACCACCACAUAUGAAGAGUUUUGAUUGAAGAAACAUGGCCUUGCUGGGUGGUAAAUUAUGUUUGGGUCCCAUUAACCUUAUAUUUCCAUCUUUUCUUUUUCUGAAUGAUGAUGAUAGUUGUAGAUAUGGGAAUGUGGAGUCUGUAUCUUGAGAAACGGCUGCCCCAUUUCCAAUGGGAUAGCAAAGUGUUAAAUUAUUGAUAUCUAUGGUGCAUGAGCCCCUUUUGUCUGUCUGUUAUUUUAUGUCACUAGUUGGCUCCCCUUUGUUAUAAUAAAAUACUAAAAUUGCA